CAGAGACCAGGCACACGCCAUUACACGAGAAAACCUACUGACGCACCAGACCAGGACUGCUGCAUCCCGGACCUAAUCUAGAUUUUUAAGGACUACGGUGGGACCAGAUAUCUAGACCUACAGAAGGACCCACCCAGGACCUACAGACCUGCUGUAGGACAGAUCUACUCUAGGAACAAAAAGCUAGAUAUACAGUAAGACCAACCCAAUUCUAGGACCUACAGACCUGCUGUAGGACAGAUCUACUCUAGGAACAAAUAGCUAUAUAUACAGUAGGACCAACCCAAUUCUAGGACCUACAGACCUGCGUAAGACUGUUUCAGGCAGACCUGCGGAGCGGCUGGAAGGCAGAGGGUUAACCAUCCGAGAAUUUGGGACAGGAGGUCCACAACUCCGUUUGGUCCGGGUCUUGGAGGGCGGAGACAUGGGGAUGGCCCUGCAGGUGGUGGGUGUGGUACUGGGGUUGGCAGGCUGGUGCCUCCAGUCCAGCUGCACCAGCUCCCACCGCUGGCGUGUGCGUAGCCAGGUGGACUCGGUGACCACGAGCCAGUCGAUGUUCGAGGGCCUCUGGAUGAGCUGCGUGUCCUCCGCCCUCGGGUCCACGCAGUGCAGCCGCUUCAAGUCCCUCCUUGCCCUGCCUGGUAUGGUCUCCUCGCUCACUUCCUGUCUGCCAUUGGGACUUCCUCUUUGUCUGAGAGUCCACAUCCAGGUGUGUCGGGGUCUGAUGGUGGUGUCUCUGCUGGUGGGUCUGGUCUCCCUGGUGCUGUCCGUCAUGGGGCUGCGCUGCACCCAACUGGGCCGGGUGUCCCCGCAAACCAAGAACACACUCACCCUGAGCGGGGGAGCCCUGUUCCUCCUCGCAGGUACGUUGAGUCUGGUGGCCGUGUCGUGGUACGCCAGCCGAGUGGUGCAGGAGUUCUACGACCCGUACUCUGGCGGAGCCCGGUUUGAACUGGGGGCCGGGCUGUACCAGGGCUGGGCUGCUUCCGGUCUCUGUCUCCUGGGCGGAGCUCUGCUCUGCUGCUCCUAUAGGAAGGAAGAGGAACAACACUAUAUCCAACGGUUCUCCUAUAAGCACAGAGCCCCCUCUCCGGGCCUCCCCAUCUACAGCCUCACGCCGGCAAGGGCCGGCACCGGCACCGACAGCAGCAAGGCCUACGUCUAGAACCUGCAUCAGACCAAGACCAGGACCGGGACCAGAACAAGACAUGCCCAGACCAGGACCAGGACUAGAUCAGACAAGGACCAGGUCUAGGAUUAGCACAGGAUCAGAACUGAGACAAGCACAUGACGACGAGGACCAGACCAGGUCUAGGCCCCAACCAGGAGCAGGCCUAGGACCGGACCAGGACUUAGACUAGCACCUGACCAGGGCCAGACCAGGAAACGACCAGGACCAGACCAGACCAGGACUAGGACUAGAGGCUGACCAGGACAGGCUGUGCGACUGUGUUGUUUUUGUAAAGUGUUUAUGAAAUGUGUGUCAUGUUGUAAAUAAAAAACAGCUGGAACUUU